AUGAGCGGAGAAGAGGCACCUUUCGUCCCAUUCAGCCAGCAGCCUGACUUGCACACCCCGGCACCGUACCGUGCUGCCCAAUUGACCUAUCCCGCCAACCUACGACAGGCCCUUAAAGAUGCCCAGGCGGACAAGAGCAAGACGCUGCUUGGUGUUGCGCAGGGCAUUCCCAACGUCUUUGUAACCAAGAUCCUCGCAUCGACUAAGCCUGACUUCAUCUGGCUUGAUGUGCAGCAUGGCAUCUUUGACCGAUUGACGCUGUUUGACGCUGUGCACGCCGCCCAAGCUCACUCCGAAGGCAAAGCCGCCGUCGUCGUCCGCGUCCCCAAACACGAUGAAGUCUCCCUCAUCACCGCUCUCGACGCAGGCGCCUCGGGCAUCGUCGUCCCCGAUGUCGAAUCCGCCCAAGACGUCAAAGAUUUCAUCCAGAAGAUCUACUACGCGCCCAUCGGCAAGCGCUCUUUCUCUCCCUGGAUCUUCACCCCGGGCGUCUCGGACGCGUCCCUCUACCCUGGUGACCAGUUCAACAUCGCCACGUCGAAUCGUCACAUUUGCGUUAUCCCCCAGGUCGAGACUGUAAAGGGUAUCGAGAAUCUCGAGGAGAUUGCUGCGGUGCCGGGGAUCCAUGGACUCAUGUUUGGUCCUGGUGACUUCAUGAUAAGUGCGGGCUUGCCGCUCAAGCUGGGUGGUGAGCCACACCCGACGUUUGUGGCUGCGAUGACGAAGCUGGUUACUGCGGCGAAGACGAAUGGGUUGGCGCUGUUUGGUGCUGCACAAGCGCCAGAGAUGGUUCCCAUGCUGAUUCAGCAAGGAUACCAAGGUAUUGCUGUGGCUUUCGAUUACUGGGGCUUGGCUGGUUUGGUCAAGGACUCGCUGAAGAAGGGGGCGGAAUAUGUGAAGCAGGCGGCUGCUGGGUCCGAGACGCCGUGA